GCUCCUCCGUACUGUUGUAGUUUCCCGUUGUACCCAUUUAAUUCACCGGCGAUAAUCUUGAGGCCUUUUUCUCCGGUCAGGUUACAUUUCUUUGUUUGGUCAUCCCUAGCCACGGCCAUUUAGAUGGGAAGCCAGGACCGAGUCCCACUUCCUCAUCUGAGCCGACCUCCCCCAGGUCCUGGCAUGGUCCAUCCUGAUCCAUUUGGUCCUGGAAUACACUCCACACCAGGUCCGUUUCCUCAUCUUAACAUGUUGCCUCCCCCAGAAAUUAUGGAGCAAAAGCUUGCUGCACAACAUGUGGAAAUGCAGAGACUAGCUACUGAGAACCAGAGGCUUGCUGCCACCCAUGGGACCUUGAGACAAGAACUUGCUGCUGCACAACAUGGGUUGCAGAUUUUACGUGCUCAAAUUGGAGCAGUUAACGCUGAAAAAGAGCAACAGAUGAUGAGCCUUAAGGAUGCAAUUGCCAAGAUGGAAGCUGACCUGAAAGCAGCUGAGCCUGUUAAGUUAGAGUUGCGGCAGGCUCAUGCUGAAGCUCAGAACGUGGUUUUAGCAAGGGAUGAACUUAUGUCUAAAAUUCAUCAAUUGAAUCUGGAUCUUCAGAGGGUCCAUGUUGGUGUUCAACAGAUACCAGCUUUGAUGUCAGAACUGGAGAGCCUCAGACAGGAAUAUCACCAUUGCAGGGCAACUUUUGAUUGUGAGAAGAAAUUUUACAAUAAUCACCUUGAAUCACUUCAAGUGAUGGAGAAUAACUAUAUGACAAUGGUUAGGGAAUUGGAGAAGCUUGGAGCAGAGUUGGCAAAUGCUUCUAGUGUGGCUGGAAACAAUGAGAAUGAGGCACCUGGGCAUGCUAUGGGACAUGUUCCCUUUGAAGAAGGCUAUGGUGUUCACCAGGGGCAUGGUUCUCUUCCUGUUGUUGCUGUUGGAACUGCUGCUUAUGUUGGAGCUCAGUCUGGCUCUGGUCCUGGUCCUGCAAGGGCUGGCUACGAGGUACUUACAGGGCCUGCUUAUGAGCCAUCAAAAGGACUUGGUUUUGAUGCAGCAAUGGCAACGAGCUAUUAUCCACAAAGAGGACCCAGCUAUAUAUGAUUCACAAGGAUGACCUGGAUAUGAUGCUUCCACGGGUGCUACCCAUGAUGCGCAAGACAGAGUUGCCACUAUGGCACACGGACAAAUCCCACCUCCAAAUAAUAGUUUGCCUUACGGAUCUGGAACACCUUCUCAUUCUGUGAGUGGUUCCAAGGCUCUACCUAGAGGCGGAAACCUAGUUUGGAGAUGAGCAAUAGACGGUGCAGUGCUAUUACUAUCCGGCAACACUCCCUCAAAAAUGUAGCUGGUCCUAUGCAGCACCUAAAACAAGUUUGCUUCUAUCUCUGGGAGCAUUCCUCAAGGGCAAUGUGCUGAGUGCAUUAUUGCAUGCCUUCCCAUGCACUGAGUAUUUGCCUGCUAUAGGAAAUCCCUAGAAUUUCAAGGCUUUAGAUUUAGUCCCUGCUGUCGAUUUGUUGAAGGCCGGUUGUUGUACAGAUUGAGCGACAAGGAGGAUGAGAUGUCCAAAAUUUUCCAUGUAGCAUGGAUGUUCACUAGAGAUGAUGCCAUUGGAACAUAAUCUUUUGCAUUAUAAUAUAUAUUUUUUUUUUUU